CUUACAUACUUACAACUAGAGAAGCUUUUGCAGAUAGAUAAAUAGAUAGAAGAAAGAGACCCUUUUGAGAGAGUUUAAUUUCAUUUGUUGCAUUCUUCACUCUUUGUUAAUUCGAAUUGUGUCUCUAUCGGUUGCUGGUAGAGUUGGCACUAUAGAGACACUCAUUUCCUUUCCUUACUUUUCUUCUUAUUAGUCUGGCAUUUUUCCCCUCAGAAAUGAAGCUUCCCCACCAAUUCAGCUCUCCCUGACAGUGAGAUCUAUCUGAUCUCAUCACAUAAUUUCUAUUCUUUGCGAGAAAACAAAGAGAUCGAUCGUAUCGAAUCGUCUUCCGAGAGAAGAAGAAAGAACUAUAUAUCAUUCAUUUGCUUUUUUCUUUUCUUUCCCUUCUUAUUUAACCCCACUUCCCUUGUUCCACCCUUUUCUACUUCCACUCUUCUUCUUCCUCACCUUUCUUUUGCCUCUUUCUCUCUCAAGAACCACGUGUCAGGUUGUUUCUGUUCUAUGUUUAUAAGUAACUUGGGUUCCUUCGUUCUCUUAUCUUUUUGCAUUGAUUUUUUGUGUCUGAUUUGGUCAAAUUGAGAGGUAAAUAUACUUGUUUAGUUAACUUGCAUCAUAUCUCAGUGUCAUAGACCAAUUCAUCAUUUUUCUGAGACAUUAAGGGAUUUUAAUUUUCAUCUUUGGUGGAAGAUUUGUGACUGCACCACCUUGAUCUGUGGCUUCCAAGAGAGAAAGAGCUCAGAAGAGAGAGGGAGAAUAUGAAUAAUUUUUCCCAUGUUCCCCCUGGUUUUAGAUUCCACCCUACUGACGAAGAACUUGUUGAUUACUACCUAAGGAAGAAAGUUACCUCAAGAGGGAUUGACCUCGAUGUCAUAAAAGAUGUUGACCUCUAUAAAAUUGAGCCAUGGGACCUUCAAGAGCUUUGCAGAAUAGGAGCACAAGAGCAAAAUGAAUGGUACUUCUUUAGCCAUAAAGAUAAGAAGUAUCCAACUGGAACUCGCACAAAUAGAGCAACAGCAGCAGGGUUUUGGAAGGCAACUGGAAGAGACAAAGCAAUCUACUCAAAGCAUGACUUGAUAGGGAUGAGGAAAACCUUAGUCUUUUAUAAAGGUCGAGCCCCAAAUGGACAAAAAUCAGAUUGGAUCAUGCACGAGUAUCGACUUGAAACAGAUGAAAAUGGCGCACCACAGGAAGAAGGAUGGGUUGUGUGUAGAGUAUUCAAAAAGAGACUAACAACCAUGCGUAAACUGAGUGAGCAUGAUUCUCCCUGUUGGUAUGAUGACCAAGUCUCUUUCAUGCAAGACUUGGACUCACCAAAGCAAAGCUCUCAACCUAAUUUGCCCUACCAGCAGUUCCAAUAUUCUUGCAAGAAAGAGUUGGAUUUGUCAUACCAUUUACCUGUCCAGCUUCCAUUGGAGAACCAAAAAUUGCUCCAAUCUGCCUCCAACUCAAUGACACCAUAUGGUAUAGAAGAAAACCCUAAUGCCAUGCAGCCAGCAUCAUCAAUGAUGCAACAAGUUCAACAACAAAAUUUUCAGGCUGUAGUGUUUGGAAACAAUGCCAAUGAUCAACAAGUGACUGAUUGGAGAUCUCUUGACAAGUAUGUUGCUUCACAACUUAGUCAAGAAGAUGCAUCCAAAGAUCACAAUAGAUACUCAAACACAGGCAACAUUUUUCAAGUGAAGAACAAUAGCAAUAUUGAACAGUUGAGGGACUUGGACAAGGAUGAAAUGAUGCCUGAAAAUGCCUCAACAUCGAACUCAAGCUGUCCAAUUAACAUGUGGAAAUAGUGGCUCUGCUUAAAUUGAUUUUGGGUUUAAACUAAUAAUAGGGGUACUUCAAUUAGUUAAUACUAAAAUAAUGAAAAUACCGUAUAAUUUCUUGUACAUAAUAAAUGAAAUGAACAUGACAUUAAAGCUAGUACAUGUGAAUUCUCUGGCUUCACUUCUAGCUAGCUGUUAGCUAGCAUUAAGUUAAAAUUUAUUCAAAUAGAAAAAUAAUUAGUAGAAUGUGAUCAUAUGUCCCAUAAGAGAUAAAGCUUGCAGGAUUUGUAGUUAUUGUGUCAUUUGUGUGGUUUAAAGUGAUGGGCUCUAGCCACUCCAGCUGUUCAAUAUAUGUUUGUAUUUUACA